UAUCAAACUGAAGAUAAUCCAGCACUAAACUGGCUGAAAAACCAAGCAUAUUGGUACGAGAAAAAUGACUACUACGACGAGAAAGAGAGCGAUUUUGCAACGUCUGUUGCGGCUGCUGCAUUUGUCAUCACAUCAAUGGAGGAUGCCUAUAAAGAACAUGCGAAAAGAAUGAGAGAAGAAGCCAAGAGUUCUCGCAAGAAGAAAACCAGUCCGGUACUAAUACCUAAAGCCGAAGUAAAGAGAAUCAACAGAUCAUUUACUCAAGACUUGACUAUUGGAGGGGAGAGUUUCAGGAAAAAAAAUAUGGACAAUAUUCCACAAGAAAACCGUCGGGCACAAGAGGUUGGCUCAUCCUCUAGAACAUUGGGACUUGCUUCAGCGCCAAGUAAAGCAGAUUCUUGGGAAAAAUCUCAACUCCACAAAAUCAGAUUAAGGUAUGAGAAAAUGAAAGCUGAAAUUGUGGGUUGGGAAAAUGAGAGAAAAUCAGCAGCUAAACUCAGAAUGGAGAAAAGAAAGAGUGAGUUGCAGAAAAGAACAGAAAUUAAUAUCCAGCAUUAUAAGGCAAAGUUAGCACGGAUCCAAGUAAUUGCUGAUGGAGCUAAGAAACAGCUUGAGGAGAAGAAGAGGAGCCAAGAAGCUCAAGUUCAAGAAAAGGUGAAGAAAAUGCGUCGAACUGGAAAAGUCCCUGCCAAUUAUUUCUGCUUUCGAUGUUACUAA